AAAAACCUUACGAAAAUAUUUCCGGUUGCAGUUGGCCUGAAUUAAAUGCAGACCAUGUUUUUGCAUAACAGGAGUCUAUGCAAGCUGGCAUGCAAUGCCGCCAAUUUCGCCACGAGUAACGUUCGUUUCAGCAGUCAAAAGGCGAAGACUGCAAUCCUCAUGCUGAACAUGGGCGGACCACAGCACACGGAUCAGGUUCAUGACUAUCUGCUACGGAUCAUGACGGAUCGCGAUAUGAUACAACUGCCCGUGCAGAGCCGGCUGGGUCCAUGGAUUGCGCAGCGUCGCACACCAGAGGUGCAAAAGAAGUACAAAGAAAUUGGAGGCGGCUCACCCAUAUUGAAGUGGACUGAGCUGCAGGGUCGACUAAUGUGCGAACAGCUGGAUAAAUUAUCUCCAACAACGGCGCCGCACAAGCAUUACGUCGGUUUUCGCUACGUUACUCCCUUGACGGAGGACACGCUCGCACAAAUUGAAAGUGACCAGCCGGAGCGCGUGGUGCUCUUCUCACAGUAUCCGCAAUACAGUUGCGCCACAUCCGGCUCGAGCUUCAACUCCAUCUUCACCCACUAUCGAAACAACACAUUGCCCGAAAACAUCAAGUGGAGCAUUAUCGAUCGCUGGGGCACACAUCCGUUGCUCAUCAAGACCUUUGCUCAGAGAAUUCGCGAGGAGCUGGCCAAAUUUGUGGAGACGAAACGCAAUGAUGUCGUAAUACUCUUUACAGCACACUCGCUGCCGCUCAAGGCAGUGAGUAGAGGGGAUCCGUAUCCCUCUGAAAUCGGUGCUAGCGUGCACAUGGUAAUGCAGGAAUUGGGUCAAAGCAAUCCCUACAGCUUGGCCUGGCAAUCAAAGGUGGGACCGUUGCCCUGGCUAGCUCCAGCGACGGAUGAUGCCAUAAAGGGUUAUGUCAAACAGGGUCUAAAGAACUUCAUACUUGUGCCUAUUGCCUUUGUGAACGAACAUAUCGAAACGCUCCACGAGCUGGACAUCGAGUACUGUGACGAGCUGGCCAAAGAGGUGGGCGUGGAGGAAAUACGUCGUGCUGCUGCGCCCAACGAUCAUCCGCUUUUUAUAAAUGCACUGAGCAACAUUGUGGCCGAUCAUCUAAAGUCCGAGCAGUCGGUCAAUCCCAAGUUCUUAAUGCGCUGCCCCAUGUGCACCAAUAACCGCUGCCGUGAAAGCAAAAAAUGGUAUCAGCAGCUGUGCGCCCACUGAGUAAUGUAAAUUAAUUGAUAUGAGAUUCACAUAAUGCACCGGACAGUAAUGCAUUUCAAGUGAUUUAGCUUCAAGCUAUUAUUGCAAUUUUAAUCAAGUUAUCAAUCGUUUCGCUUAAAAGCAUUUCAUUAAAUGGGUUCCGGGUAUUUCGGCUGUAAUUGAUUGCGAGUCCAUUUGGGCAAUAAAAAGACACUGCGUAAACAAAAA